AUGGUUUCUAUCCCUCCCUGCAAAUAUGAUGUCUUUAUUAGUUUUAGAGGCAAAGAUGUCCGUUAUGAAGGAGAAGAUAUCUCCCCAACUUUCUUGAAAAUAAUUCAAGAAUCAUCUGUCUCAAUUGUUAUUUUCUCUGCAUAUUAUGCUGAUUCUCCCUGGUGCUUGGAUGAGCUUGUGAAGAUACUUGAGUGCAAGGAAACCUUAGGACAAUUAGUCCUACCAGUUUUUUACCAAGUAGAUCCGACUGAUGUUCAAGAGCUGACAGGGAAUUUUGGAAAGGCAUUUACUCUUGCUAAGCAUGGCGAACAAGUCAAAGGCCGUUUAAACAAGGUGGACGGAUGGAAGCAUGCUUUGAUUGAAAUAAGCAACUUAUCAGGAUGGGAUUCACGAAAUAUCAAGUAUGAAUCCAAAUUAGUUGAAGAAAUCGUCAACGAUGUUUUGAAGAAAUUUAGUCAUAUGUCUUCAAGUGAUGAUGCUUAUGAUCACAAUUUUGUUGGAAUUGAUUCACGUGUGAAAAAAGUGGAAUGGUUGUUAAAUGACAAGCGAGUUAUAGGAAUUUGGGGGAUGGGAGGCAUUGGUAAAACAACCAUUGCGCAACAAGUGUUUCGUCGAAACAUGACUAAAUUUGAUGGUCAUUGCUUUGUUGACAAGGUUAGAGAAACAAUGACAAAGCAACCACCAAUUGUUGUACGAGACAAAAUCAUUUGUCGAUUGUUAAGGGAAAGAAAUUUAUAUGAAGACGCAUUGAAUUUGGAUGUUUUUAUUAGGAGAAGGCUCCACAGUGAAAAGAUUUUCAUUGUUUUUGAUGAUGUUGAUGAUCCAAAUCAUUUAAAAAGUUUAGUAGGAGAGUGUGACUUGUACCAUGAAGGAAGUAGAAUCAUUAUAACUAGCAGAGAUUGGCAAGUACUUAAAAAUUUUUGUUCAAAGGAAUGCAUAUAUGAGGUUGAGAAAUUAAGUGAUUCUGAAGACAUUGAACUCUUUAGCUUGCAUGCCUUCAAACAAAAUCAUCCUAAGGAAGGAUAUGUGGAGCUAUCAAAGGAGGCAACAACUUAUGCCGGGGGGAAUCCAUUAGCUCUUAUAGUUUUGGGAUCUCAUUUAUUUGACAUGGGGAUAGAAGAAUGGAAAAGUGAAUUGGGAAAAUUAAAAGGGGAAUCUCUUAGGAAAAUUCAAGAUGUUCUGAGAAUAAGUUAUAAUGGACUAGAGAGGAAUGAAAAGAAAAUAUUUCUUGAUAUUGCAUGUUUCUUCAAAGGGGAAUAUAAAUAUCACGUUGAGAGAAGAUUAGAAGGAUUUGGUUUCUUUCCAAAAAGUGCAAUGGCUCGUCUAAUUAAUAAAACUCUCAUAAAUAUUGCAUGCGGAAAGGUAGAUAUGCAUGACUUGCUACAACAAAUGGGUAAGGAUAUUGUUAUUGAGGAGUGCAAACAGCCUGGAGGACGUAGUAGGUUGUGGAAUCAUGAAGAUAUUCAUCAUGUAUUGACAACAAAUACGGGAACCAAAAAUGUUGAAGGCAUAUUACUUGAUAUGUGUGAGAAGGAUAAUUUGGAGCUAAGUUCCACAGCCUUCAUGAAGAUGUGCAAUCUUAGAUUCCUUGAAGUAAGGAAUAGUUGGGCAAGAGAACGAGUUCUCCUUCCUAACAACCUUAAAUUUCUUCCAAAAGAGCUAAGGUAUCUUUCUUGGAAAAAUUAUCCUUUGAAAAGUUUGCCGUUAAAUUUUUGGCCCAAGAAUCUUGUAGAACUUUACAUGCAUGACAGCAACCUCAUAGAACUUUGGAAUGGCGACAAGCCUCUUGAAAAUUUGAAAUUAAUGGACCUCAGCUACUCUGAGGACCUAAUCAGGAUUCCAGACUUACCGAGUACUGCUCCAAAUCUUGAGUUUUUAUAUUUGAGUAUCUGUGAAAAUUUGGUUGAGAUUCCCUCAUCUCUUCAAAAUCUAAGCAAGCUUGUUGAGCUAGAUCUACUUGGGUGCUAUAAUAUUACUGAUUGUCCGGAGAUUCCGUGUAACAUAAGGACUCUAACAUUAGAUAGCACUGGAAUAGAACAAUUGCCCUCAUCAAUUGAGCAUCUAUCUCAACUUGUCAAAUUAUCUUUGAAAAGAUGUAAAAGACUUGUGAGUAUUCCAAGCAGCAUUGGCGGAUUGAAAUGUCUUGAAGCACUUUAUCUCAAUGGAUGUUCAAGACUCGUGGGCAUUCCAAGCAGCAUUGGCAAGUUGAAACGUCUUGAAAAACUUUAUCUCUAUGGAUGUUCAAGACUCAUGAGUAUUCCAAGCAGCAUAGGGAAGUUGAAAUGUCUUAAAGUAUUUCUCCUCUGUGGAUGCUCAGAACUGCUAAGUCUACCAGAGAGUAUCAAACAACUUUCUAAGUUGAAACGCCUUGAUUUAAGAGGUUGCAAGAGACUUAAAUGUUUACCAGACCUUCCAUCAUACUUAAAAGACUUAAAUGCGUCAGAUUGCACGUCUCUGGAAUCUGCAUCAACUUCUUUCCUUUUCGUAGAACAUGCAGAUGAAAAUAAAGAUGAAGAUUGUUUUGCAGAUCGCAAAUUUCUCAUGUUUGUUGGUUGCGUCAAUCUGGAUAAGAAUGUUAUGGAGGAUGUAUUGGAAGCACAUCUGUUGGGUCAGGAUGUUGCUUUAUGUAUGGCAGGAUGUGAAAUUAUUCUUUUGAUCUUACAUGUAGAGUGGAUUUUACAGACGAAUCUGGACACAGGCAUGGCACUGAAUUCUUUUAUGGGACGAAGUUGGAUUAUAAUUAUUCAACAGAAUACAUGUUGCUUUGGUUCCAUCAUAAUAAAUUCUACUCCGUUGAUAAAGAGUGUUUCGUUGAGGCCUCCAUUCACUUCUCCAUUGGCAAUUGCACUUUAA